AUGAGCAAACGGUUCAAAACUUACCGAGCAAAGUCAUCCCUUUGGGAUGAUUCGCCCACGGAAGGUAUGAUCGAGUUAUGUGCGCCAAAGGACCAGACGAUCAAAGAAGACGAACCUGUCGUUGAACCAAUUGCAUUACAAGUUGAUCCAAUCAUCAGUGUAACUGUUGGACAUUUUCCAAAGUUAGUGCAACAACUGGCCAUUUUACCACUGUAUCCAACCGACAGCAAGGUGACCAGUCCAAGGUAUCCUUUGCUGCCCAACAUACCAUCGUGUCAGUUGAGUCAAGAAGAGGUGAAUCGUCGCCGUUCAAAUACUUUCAAGCCAUCAUUCGAAGUCAAGGACAACAAUCCAGAUGUGCCGUCACUGCUACGUGCGAAAUAUCAAAUAUUCUAUGGAGAUUUAAUGCAACGAUUGAAGGUAGACUUUACUGUUUUGGAUUACAACUAUACACGACUCGAUCGAUACAUCCAACGACUGAUCGAAGAACGCAUUCAAGUAUUCAAUCUUCUACCGAAUGAAAUUCCGCGAUUGGACGAGAAAGAAUAUCCAUUAGCAUUGGAAUUUUUCCUACAAUUCGAUGUUAAUAUGUUCUACAUGAAGACAUGUUCGUUUCGUUAUGCUCGUCCACGUUCAUUGAGCGAAGGUGUAUUCUGUGUACAAAUGCCCGAAGCUCGUUAUGAACUGGCCGAAUGUGGUAAUUGUGGACUGUGUUAUCCACAAUAUGACAUGACACAUCGAGCGAACAAACACAUCGUCGAAUUCAGUCAAACCCAUAAACAUACAUUUCUCAAUGGAUAUGAAACCAUUCUGAACUGUUCAGCUACAUGCCAUACACAGAAUAUUAUCUACGCAUUGAGAUGUGUAUGUGGAGAAGUGGACUACAUCGGUGCAACUAGUGAGAGUUUACAUGACCGUCUCUUUAGACAUCGUGAAAAUGCAAAUCGAAUUCUACACGAAUUCCUCUUAGGCCAAGAAAACAUCCUACGUGACCUACCAAGAGGAAAAACAAACGACAUCAAACGGAAGGAUCGCAUGAAGCUGUAUCAACAUUUAACUCGAUGUCUUCAUGCGAUACAAAUUUUCUUGGAUGCUAAUCCACAAUAUUGGCGGUUUGUACCCAUGACCAUAGAUGAAGCUGAAACACCGGAACAGCAAACGAUUCCAUCACCUCAACUAUCUGAUGAAUUGGAUCUAAAUCGUCGUUCAAAGAAAGAUUGCCAAAUGUGUAUUCAAGCUGUUCCUCGGCCGCCAUCUGGGUUUACUUUUUCGAAUCGACAAAUUGUUCGACAAGCCGAAUACUUUCAUAAGAAACGCGACAAAACAUUGCCAAACUGUGAUAUUGAUCUGUAUCAUGCUACGAUUGUAGCUGUGUUGCCCGAGAGUUGUUCGAAUAUGUUUCGAGACGUGAUCGAAUCCUUAUUCAUCACUUAUGCGGAAACAACGCUCAACACAAUUGGUAACGUUCUCAACGAACAGCAACAACGAUAUCCUUAUUAUCCCUUGAACGAUCCAUGGUCAACUCGUAGUAAUGAUUGGUGCAAUGGUUUGGCGCGUCGACCAUGGCCAACGACGAAUCCGAGCUGA